UGUGUGUCAAGUCUCAACCAAUAAGAAUAUAUGAGUGUGUUAAGUGUUUAGUGGUUCAAGAGUGAUGGGAUGAUAUUCACCCAUGUUUACGUUGAAGCAAAAUGGUGAGAGAGACACGACAUCUCUGGGUUGGAAACUUACCGGAGAAUAUAAGUGAAGAACGUAUAAGGGAUCACUUUAAACGGUAUGGCCCGGUGCAGAGUGUGAAGCACCUCAAUGGGCCGUCUGAUAGUAGCGACGCAAGCAACAAUAAUGCCAGCAACAAUAACAACGGUGGUGGCAACUGCUACACCGUCGCCUUCGUUGACAUUUGUUCUGCUGCCAAAGCCCACAAAGCUGACCACCGUAUAGACGAUCGCAUCUUGAAAACAACGUAUUAUGAACCGUCAGUGGCAUCGCUGUCAGGCGGCCACUACUCCUCUGGAGGUGCAGCUCAGUCGUCGGGUGGUAGCUCUGUUGGCUCUGGUGUAAGCCACUAUCCCUCUGGUCCCUCACAGGCACAAGGCCUAUCUCAGACUCCACUCGGAUCAAGGAGCCCUAGAUUUGCCACUGGAAUAUCCGAUGAUCACGUGGGCUACGAUCGCUCUAGUCAUUUUUACGAUAGUGUCCGUCGUGAUGAUGUUUGUUCCUAUAACGGCACCAUGCCCAUGGGGGUGCCCAUGCGACGCAACUACCCGCCUUCCCUCGAAGGAGCAGAGUUCGGGGCACGAGGUGGUCGAUUGCGUUCCUUCGGUCGCGUGCAGUAUUGCACGACUCCUCGGGGGGACCCAAUCGACUACCGAUGGCCGAGCGCUGCUCCUCCCAGUAAUUACAGAUACCACCCCGCUGACAAUUAUGGAGACGACAAGCUUUCGAUGUCUGUGCGACGGGGUUCUGUGCCCCCGUCACCCUCAUCCCGCUCCACUCACAUGCGGUCCUCAAGAGCCACUCCGAGCUCCACAAGCGGGAGUGGACUGGGAGGCUCUCACCACUCAUCUAGUAGCAACCCUAAGCGCCACCCUGCACCUGCUGCCUUAGCAAAUCACUCCAGCUCAGAUUCAGGCUCAUCAAGUCGCAGCAGCAGUUCCAGUAGUUCGUCUAGUUCUUCUAGUUCUAGCUCGAGCAGAUCUCGCUCGAGAUCUUUUAGAUCGUCGCGAUCACCGUCCAGAUCUCCCGUGGCACGCGUCCCCAACUCUUCUCUGAACUGCAACUCUUCAGCUACGGCCGCCACGCAUCUGCCUGGCGACAAGAGACCUCUUGCCAUCUGCGUGCGCAACCUCCCUAUUGGCUCUACAGACAUAUCCUUGAAAGAUGGGCUCUUCCACGACUACAAGAAGCACGGCAAGGUGACGACUGUGCGCAUCGUGGGUACUGGUACUGAGCGCUAUGCCGUCGUGUGCUUCAAAAAAGCCGAAGAUGCCGAGAAAGCGUUGCUUGCUUCUCACGAUAAAAGAUUCUUUGGGGUCAAGAUACAGGUGGCACCCCACGAAGGACUCGAGCUGGACGAGAGCGAGUAUCGCACAUAUGACGUUGACCAGGACGAGUAUCACCACAAAGCAACACGCACGCUCUUCAUCGGCAACCUCGAGAAAGAUAUCACACCGGCCGUUCUCAGGAGCACCUUUGACCAAUUCGGCGAAAUAAUUGAAAUCGAGAUAAAGAAGCAGAACUUGGCAACUUUUGCAUUUUGCCAAUACGCGGAUAUCAGAAGCGUGGUCCGCGCCAUGCGCCAAAUGGAUGGCGAACAUCUCGGUGCGAACAGAAUCAAGCUUGGUUUUGGCAAGUGCAUGCCCACGCACUGCGUGUGGCUCGACGGUGUCGCGGAGACGGUGGCCGAGUCGUUCCUGCGUGAGCAAUUCUCCAUAUACGGCACGGUCAGCCAUCUCUUCAUUGAUAGGAAGAGAGGACAGGCACUCGUCUUUUACGAAGCCGAGAAGUACGCCACGAUCGCUGUGAGCGAGAUGCGUGGUCGAAUGCUCAUGGGCAAAAAGCUUCAAAUCGACUUCGCAUCUCGUGAGUGCGAGGUUGCUUUUUUUGACCACCUCACCAAACAAGGCUUCCACAUGCCCACCGAGCGUCCCUGGGAACGUGUCUCCUCCAAAGAACGUCAGAUUGGCAGCAAUGCGAACGCCGCCAGCAAUGGCGCGAGCAGCCGAUACGAUUCUUCUGCUACUGCUCCUGCCAUCGCUGCAGCAGCUGCUACUGCCACUUCCAGCAAUGCAAGCAGCGCAACCAGUAGCAGCCGCUACCCUCGACCUGGAGGCACUGAAGUGCAGCACUGCCUGAGUAGCAGCAGCAACAGCUCCAAUUCUUCCACUCGUAGUCGUCGCCAGCAAGGUUCAUCCACAGCGGUUACGGUAGCGUCAGCCAGUGCUGGGGCGUCUGCUCUUCCCUCAGUUUCCACUUCUGUCGCUAUCUCACCUCUUGAUCAGCCUCUCUCGACAAGCAACGGAAGCUCUGCACCGGCUUAUCCGCCCUAUGGAGGAGCUGGAACUACUUCUACUUCCUCCUCUGCUGCUACUCGCUCAGGCUUGCCUGCCUCAGGACCUUCUAGAGGAUCGUACACUUCGCGUCCAAACAGAGCUAACAACAGAUAUGAUGGCUUCGAUGACUACGGUCCUGGACGGAGUUACGACGAGUAUAGUCAAGGCAGCGAAGCUUCUUACGAGGACAGCUACGAGCGCGAGCUUCGGGAGUACGCGGGCAGCAGAUACGAUUCAGUGGCCGCCAGACGUGGUGGCCGCACCCCAACAACCUCGCCGCAGCCUGCUUCUACCACAGUUACUGCCACAUCGGCGAACAGUGGCAGUUCUGUUGUGGUAGCCGCUACCACAUGUAGUCCAUCUCAUCGCACACCGUUCCCUCCCUAUGAUGACUACGCCUCGUCCCGCUCCUCUUCUCACGUCGUCAACUAUGACGGCUGCUAUUCUCCCUCAAGCGUCUCAUCACCUCCACCCUCUCGGUCCGUCAAAAAUCGUCUCGCAUCGUCACGCUCACCCGCCGCUUCUCUCGCUACGUCGCCAUCCAGGGAAGUUACGCUCAUUGAUGACCGUGCUCCACCCGACCCUCGUAAACGGCGUCCUAUCGACCUCAAGGACCUGGUGGUGCGCGUAAGCGACCGAAGGCCCCUCGAGUCUCCUGGACGCUCUCUCGGUCGGACCGUUGAGUCGUCUCCUGCCAGUGGUCACCGUGAGCCUUACGACCCAAGACUCGCGAACAAGCGUGAUGACGCACUUAGUUCAUCAGGAGACGAACGCAGUGACGUCACAGAGUCGAGGCCCAUCAAGCGCACUCGUUUUGACUCUAGUAGCCACGAUAAAUCACAUGUGCUUAAGAGGAUGCUUGACAGCAGUGAUUGUCGCGACCCAUUGAGUUUUAGACGUCCGCACGAUGCAAGGAAAACUCCCACUGAGCCUUCAGGUUCGAAGUACCGUCGUGAUGAACGCUCUCCUCAUAUUGACCCGCGCAGUAGAAAUGAGGAAGCGUGGAAGGCUAGAGAUACUGGCGAAAAUUUUGAUUGUGUGAGCGACACGAGCGCUCCUGGCACUCCGGUUCGGGAUGAAAGGGACGAGUGUACUCCUAGCAGUAACACUGGAGUUGGGUAUCAUCGCCAUUAUAUCCAUCACCAACAUCCUUACCAUCAGCAAUCUGCUCACAAGGAGCGCAGUGGUCCCACCAUCCCCAUGUCCUUGCCCCUCCCUCGUUUUGCGCAGCAGCUGCGGAAUUGUCCCGUUUCGCCUUUUGCUUCAUUUGCAAGUUCUCCAAAGUGUCGCGUGCUAAGGUCCCCCAUUUCAUCAAGCAGCAGCAGCAGUAGUAGCAGUAGUAGCAUUGAAAGUAGCGUCAGUACCAGAACUGCUAAUCUUAUAGUAGAUACGACGUGCGCUGUUGUAGAGGAUGGAUCAAUAUUAGCUGAUACGCCUGUUUCACCAGGACCUACUGCGCAUCCCUCGGACUCUGAGGACUCGCCUAUCGCCUCAACGAAACAAGAUGCCGAAUUGGAGGAGAGAAUACGAGCUUUUGAUGAGCGCUACGAAAAAUGGACUGGUAAUUCUCGAGCCAAUUUUUCCCUAGAAAAUGUAAGAGACAAAAUAUCAACUAGUUCGAUUCCUUGUAGAAAAUUCCCAGUAGAUUUGGAUGCAUUACGCAAUACGCCGUCCGCUAUUGUAAAGUCAGUACUCUCCAGGAGAAGUAUAUUCGACGAAGAUUGUGAAAGAUUAGAAAACAUUGAGGAAAAGUAUGAACCUAAAGUUUUUGUGUCACUCGGCAAGAACAGAUCUACCUCUACAGUUACUAAUGUUUUAAGCAACACAUACACUACCGGCAAAGCAUCUCCAGUUGUGGUUAGUAAGAGUAGUGUUUCAUUUCCAAGUGUCAAUACUAGUGUUGGUUCUCCCAUAAAGACAUUUACUAACAUUUUGCCGUCCAAACUUGAUUCUGCCAUUCACGAUGCAACAUCUUCAGUCAAUACAACUGCUACUGAGAGUGCUGCAACGAAAGGAUCUCCAAGCAGCACACCAAACAGCUCUUCGAUAUGUGCUGUUAGCAGCAGCCUCACUAGUGUCUCUGUCACAACAACUUGUAAGCUAACGGUUAGCAAGAGCCCUUCCAUCACGUCUACAACGAACACGACCAUAAGCAACAGCAAUUCAUCUGUAGUUGCGGUACGCACGUCGCCCAUGAGGUCACUCUGUUCUCCGCUCACCCCGCCUGUUACCAUCGCUGAUAUUAUUGCUGCCACCACGCCUCCCAUCCCUUCAGCUACUCCUAUCAACAGCUUGCCUGGCUUCAGACCGUCACUACUUGAUGUGAGCAAUAGUAAUAAUGCAGACAUCAAAGUAUCUCCAACUCUUUCGUCUGUGUCAUCAUCACCGCAAAACUCUCCAGGACAUCGCAACAAGUCAACCAACUCUUCUCCAAAGGGGCGACGUGAUUCGAUCUCCUCAUCUCUAUUAUGCAAAACUGUAUCAUCGAGCUCCGUCAAGAGUUUUUACAGCCCUACAGACAGCCCAGACUACACCUGCGCCCUCCCUGUUUCUCCCAUGCCUGCUAGUCCGGCAGCUUCGGUACCCCCAGCCGCGAGCGUAACGCAAGCUGCUACGCUCUCUAUUGAUUUUAUGGCAUCGCCCUCAAGUUUCGGUAGCUUGUCAUCACUUUCGCCUACAAGCACAGGCAACUCAACACCUAUCAGAAAAAGUAGCGGGUCCCCGCGACGAACCAAGGAAGACAUCAUCGCAUGUACUGAUCUUGAAUCUAAGGCGGAAGAAGUUUCUUCAGUUGAUUGCUCUCCUGGGACGAUUAGCAAGACUUCUUCUUCCUCUUCAGUUUUAAACGAUAAAGGUGAUGACUCUUUUGUUCUUGAAGACAGUCAACAACUUCCUGUUAAGGAUUGGGAUUUACGGUCGAAUGUUCAUCAAUCUGAAACAGUGCCUGAUUCUACAGAUAAAAACCAAAUUAAUGAAACAUCUCCACCUUGUGAUACCAUUUCAAACAGCAUUGUUAGAACGUCUCCUCCGUCCAAAUCUCGGGACAAGGCUACAGAAAGCAAGUCCAGGCAACCUCUGAUACACAAGGAAGUGAACAAAGGGCAAGAUAGAAAUCCUUGUGCUUCGGAUGAUAUCAAGAACUUGCAAAAUUCAAAUGAAGAUUACGGAGACGAAGACACAGUCUCGCCAUGCUGGGGUAAUCAAUCCGUCGUUGACACUGCAGAAGAAGUGUCGACUAAGAAAAGGAGACUAGGCUCUGCAGAAGACACGUGUAAGCCUGAUGUUGAGAAUACUUCACGUAACAAGGCUAUUAAAAAUACCCGCACUCAUCAGUACUCGAAGAAGAUGAGGAUGAACAGCACUUCUGAAAAAUCUGAAUCCGGCCGGCCUGAUUUCGCAAAAGGAUGCGAAUACAACGAACAUGUCAAGGAUGGUGUUCUAAAUGCCGAAAGUCACAAGUAUGAUGAUCAGAAUAAAUUGAAUAAUGAUGUAAAUGUUGAUUCAUGUAAGUAUCUUCAUAAGAAACAAAAUUCAUUCAAAGAUCGUACCGAAAGUCGGAAAAUUAACAAGAAAGGUAAACGCAGAGAGAAAAAUCACAACGGGAAGGAGAGACAAAAUGAAAAGCCUCCUAAAAGCCGCGAACGCAAUUGGUCCGGUCGUAGUGGAGACCGAAGGAAGACAGAAGGCGUUUCUUCACCCAAACAUCACAAUUUAUAUUCCUCCAAAGUGGAAAACCAUAGUUCACCUAAAACUGAAAAUAUUUCUUCACCUACACAGGAGAAUCUCUGCUUUCCAAAAAUUGAACGUCCAAACUCUCCUAAUCUCGAAAGCGUUAGUGGUUCUAAAUUAGCAGUUAAGGAGGAAUCCGUUGAGCUACCUCUUGAGAAGAAAUCGUCUGGCACUCGUGUUCUUACCGAUAUGUCUAAGAUAGUCCGUAAAGUGAACUGUGAGAGCAAGAAAACUGACCAGAUGCGAACACCUCCUGAUAAAGAGAUUCCAGAACAUCAUGAUAGAUACCGAGAAUUGAAGAAGGAUGCGCCUAAGCACAGAGAAGUCAAGCAAGAAGACAGUGACAUCAAAGAAAAGUGCGAGUCGCCAACUUUUGUGAGGAAAACUGAUCAUGAGGAUACGUGUCGCAACAUCGGACAAUUGGCAGCCGACGAUGCAGUGAAGCAUGAGGUCAAGAGAAGAAAUUCUGAUGAUGUGCAGUCAAGAGAACUUAAGAAAGAACGAUGUAAAGAGAAAACGGAAAAAGGCAAUUCAAAGAAUAAACAUGAUAAUGUGCCCAACGCAGGAGAAAAGGAUAAAAUUAAAGCUGUUAAAUUGUCUAACUGUGAAAAUGUCUCAAACAAAGAAGAACGUAGCGGCAACAAGUACAGCAGCAGCGGGCAUCGUGGAGGAGAUAAACGGUCCCGUAAAAGUAAACAUUCUGAAUCUUCAACCACAAGCGUGAAAAGUGGCCGACGAGAACGCAGAGAGUCAAGCAGUAGCAGUUUAAGUGCCGUGUUUCAGAACGAUCGGCCUUUGUCGUCACCUGCUCAUGCUCCUGAAUCACAAGAACCACCCACUUUCACUGUUGUUCCCUCUGCCGACGCACGAAGUUCUGUUUCAAGUAGACGUCGUUCAGUUGACGGCUUGGAUAGCAAAGAACUGCUUUUGCCAGGCCGCAAGAAACACGAUUCAGGUAGAAGCGAUAAAACAGAAACCGAAAGUAAGGGCAAGCGUGAUUUGGACUCCACAAAGCUACCAAAAUACGACAUGAAGAAAAGUAGUUACCACGUCCGAAGUAAAGAUGAGGACAGUGAAGAAUGCAACAUUGCUCUGCCGUUGCGUCAUUCGCUUUCGUGCGAUGUUAUGAAUGAAACAUCUGAAGACGAAACCUUCAAAAACUCCCAUCCAUACAGCAGCAAACAGACGCAAAAUAUCCGCAACUCUGCCUCUUCUAAGUCUAAAAACAAGAAACGUCUUCAAUCUAAAGAUUGCAUGGCCUCAGAUUCAGAUUCUGAUGACAUCGUUAGCUCGAGCUCCUCAUCGGAUGACGAUGACGACCACCAAAAGAUGGCCUCACUCUUCGACGAUCCUGUUAUUGAUCCGUGUUUCGAUAUGUACGACAAGGUGAAAUCAAGACAUCUGAAAUUGGAACAGAAGAAAAGAGAACAAGAGAGACUUAAAGAAGAAGCAAAGCAGAAAUCCAUUUUACAGCACAAGCAGAAGCAGCGUGGCAAGAAGAAAAAAUCAACUUCACAAGCUACGUUGUCUGGUGUUGGCGAGUCGGACUCCGAUACCUAUGAAGACAUCGUAAACAACAAAAGAGUUAACCCACGUGUUGUCGCAAGUAGCACAGACGACGACAGGCCUUCGUUGGCUCACGUAUCAUCUGACGAGUCGGACGCCGGACAACUGUCACCGCGCAGUGAAAUACGCAAGCCUCAAACCUCGACAAGGAAACGCAAUACCAGCUCCAGCAGUAGUAAUAGAAACAAGAAAAGUAUAACCGAAGUUAAAUCCUCACGCCCUGUUAAGGAUCUUGUGGUUUCUGACAUAUCAUCUGACGAGGACGUCGCUGCCAAAUCUGAAGACAUGUCAGACUACGAUAUCGUUCCAAGUAAGAAACACCACUCUAAGAACUCACCAUCUAAUGACAAACAAGAGAUUCUGUCGAAGAAACCACCCCGUCCCGCACUAUCAGCAGGCCAUCUGAGAACUCCUUGCGAUGCCGAUAGAAGGAAACCUAACCCAAUCCACUCGCUCACUGGUGACAUGUUCCAUUCAGAAGAUAGUGAUACUCCAGUCAUAGAAGAGGUAAAGCCUUGUAAACCUAAGAGUAAAGCAGAGGCUACUGAAAUAAGCGUCGUAUCAAACACCUCUCGUUGGGACCGUCCAGCCAAAGUCAAACUUGCCAACAAAGAGAGAGUAAGACGAGACGUGAGAAUGGAAGCCAUAUUUGGUAUAAUGUCGGACGACAGCGAUGCGAGCACUGCUAGCUCUUCCGUAACACCCAACAAGUCACCGCGCGGCGUACCUCAUACUCCUGCUACGUUUAGAAAAACAUCCUUAUCUUCUACAAGAUCUUACCCUUCACCUGGAGAUUUGCCAAUGUCUCCUUCUCAAAACCCAGUCUUGAACCACUAUACUGACUCGGAGGAUGAUAUGAGAACACACGGUCAUGGUUACACGUUUUCUGACAAGCCAUGUGAAGAAGAUGCGCCAAAGAUAAUCGAAGAGAUCGUUAACGAUAGCAGCAAGAAGUCAUUGCAUCGAAUUACUGUCAUCUCCACCACUGCUGAUGUUCUCGAGGACGUACGGCCCACGUCCGACUCAGGCAAAGGAAGUAGUGGAGUUGGUAGUAGCAGCUCGAGCACCAGCAGUACUGGCAGCACUGCCGAUGAUCUCUACUCGCAAACUACUGCUGCAAAGGACGAAAAAGAAAAUAUUGUUGAGAGUAGUGGAACAGACCUUUUCCGUUAUUCCGAUGAUGAUCUCAUCAUUGACUCAGAUCACCGAGAACAUUCCCGCAAAGAUAAGAAGAAAAAGAAGAAGCACAGGGACAGGGACGUGGUUCGGUCACGGCAUCGCAGUCGUGACCGUAAUAAACACCCUGCUACAGAUAUAGAUGUGACCAUCGCGGGUGAAAUUGGUAUGAAUCUUAUCAUGUCGUCUACUGUUGAUCACGGAUCAUCUGGAAAGUCUCCUCUUCAGGUUAUUCAAUCAACUCCUACUAUUUCAACAUAUAAUCAGGGUAAAUCGCCUUCCUUCACUCCAACAUCUUCGUCUCCUCCAUUCUUCAAGAGCAAGAAUCGCCUCUCCGUUUCACCAGCUGUAUCACCAAGCUGUGUCACGAAAAGUCCAGGUAGCUUCACAAGUUCCGUUUCGAACAAAUACUUUGUUAGUCCUGAAAACUUGUCGAAGGGCACAUGCCAGUCGUCUCUAUCUCGGGACUCAAGAAGCUCGUGUGAGCAAACUGAGAGCGAGGUGGAGCCUGCAUUGGACAUGCCCAUCAUCAAGACCGAUUCAGAUGAUGAAGUGUUGAUCACUAACGGUGAUGAAAUGAGUAUCGUGUCAACUGCCUUUAGAAAGCUCUCUUCGCCAAGGCGCGACGAGCCUUCUGUUGUGUACGAGACGGAUUUAGAACGCAGUAAGGAUGUUCCUGCAUGCGAAUCACCAAGAAAGAGUUCAAACACAACGAAAGCGUCAAGAAGUGUUAUUUCUCAAGAAGAAACACUGAAUGCCGUUGCUGGUUUAUUAGCCUCUUAUGAUGAAUAUGCCGAUAAUACCAGAACUUCGGGCCACGAUGAAGAAAAUCUCAUUGCAUCAGACGCGAACAGUGUGGUGGAAGAGGAUUCUCAAGAGGCUCAAACAGCUGCUCAAAUGUUGCAGUCAGAAAUGCCGGAAGUAGAGCGCGAACCCGAAACCAGGGAUGCUAACUGGCCUGCUGGAGUACCAGCGUCCUCGAGUGACAGUAGCACGACAGAAACCGUCCCGCCAGUUGCCCGUGAGCCAUCCAUAGGUUUGCAUGAGACUACAUUAGAGCCCCCAUUGAUUGUGUCUUCGAUCUCACUACCUCUUCCUUCAGUAGACGAAGCUCCUGCUAAAAAGGGAUCUUCUAUCGACUCCGCUGAUGACUGUGAUGUGGUCGUAACUCACAGUAGUGGUUCCAAAAUUACACCUGAGAAAGCAGGCCAUGUAGACAAUAUCACUUUCCCUGACAGUCCAACAUCGGUACAGUCUGAACCCACUCUCCAAAUAGACGAGGAUCCCGACGAAACUUCAGAAGACAUCCAUUCUGCUGUUGACCUGAAAUCCCACGGUGCUGUCCUUACUUCUGUUUCGAGAGCUACGGAGAAGACAUCCGUGUUUCGGUUGGAUAAUAAUGAGCAGCCUACGCCACCUCAGACGCCUUGGGUGGAAGACACCACAAUUACGGCUCUGGAUGCCUGUCCUCGAGAAAACACUGUUAUUAAAGAUAACAAAAGUAACAAAAAGCAAGAAGAUCCCGCGUGCCAAAUGAAAGACGUGGUGACUCUCGAAAGCACUUAUCAAUCUUCCUUGGAACAGGCUACAGAUAAACAGACGUCAUCUUCAUCUAAACAGCAGAGCACUCCACUGGUUUGCUCUCCUAGUGAGCCCACUCGUCAAAACUUCGCUAUGCCCGAGCUGGAGGCUUCACAUUCUAGUAUACUACCGUAUGAAGAUAUGAAAGUUCACCAGGACACUCUCUUACCGUCCUCAACGAUGAAUGAAGGUAAGUUUAACCACAAUGAACCUUAUAGUGACCGCAUGGAGCAAGUUAAACCUAUGCCGUGUGAUCCACCAUGUUCAAAGACCGAAGAAGUUGCAUCGCCUGAGCACACAGUUGAUUCAAAAGUUGAUGUAUCUCCUAAUAUCAAUGAAGAACAGAAGGAGGUAACCACAUCAUUACUGGUUAAAACCGAAGACAAUGCCACUCCUUUGACAGAUAGUUUUUCAGAUUCUCACGGUACUCACGAAAAUAACCAUGAUGACAAAGCUGUUGACAUUCAAGUACAAUCGAAUAAACUGGAAGAAAAGUGUGUUGAUUCGCCGGCCUCGAAGUCUGAACAAACAGACAAUAACUCUUUCAUUCAAGAAAACGUCGAAGAAGCGCUCAACACUGAAGUAUCCAAUAGGCCACUAGAAGCAACCUCUACGCAAGAUAUAGCGGAGACUGGAGGGAGCGCCGAAUCUGCUUUAGUUCCUCUGGUACGCGGUCGAGGAGGCCGGGGUCGAUCCAGACGUGGCCGCGGACGAGUGACUGCGGCAAGUAAUGAUGGCACUGGCGUACCUCAGCCAACGCGCAAUAAAUCACGAAGCCGAUCUCGUCCAUUGAACGACGAUCUAACAAUCCACGACGCUUCUAAAUUAAAUAGUUUGCAAGAACCCAGACGCAGUUCGCGUCCCAAACGAGUUCGCCGACACCCCGAUAUGGUGGAUCAUGACGAAAGUAGCAGCAGACGUCGGCGUGGCAUGAGAGGAGUACGCGGCAAUCUGAGACCUGCGGCACCAACACACGAUGUAUUCGAAUUCCACGAAAGUGAUGAUGAUACUUCUCUUUCUGUUAAUAAAGCCAAGAAAGAUCCGCUCUCGACUUCUGCCAAAUCACCUAUUAAAGACACUACCAAUGAUGAAGAUUCGCGAGGCUCAGGGAUUAAUGUUCGCAAGUCUCGACGGUUGCUUGAUAAAAAUGCGGAUGACGAAGAUUCAAACACUGAGAGUGAAACCUCAUCAACGGGUGUGGUAACUCCUUUGACCUUCACUAACGCUGGUCUGAGAUUUAAAGCUAAGGAGUCAGUACAGCAGCGUCGCAAUGUUCGUGGAGGUCGGGGAGGCCUAGUGGGUCAACACCCGACGGCUCUACCUAAAGAAAAUCCCACCCUCAGUCUUCCUGAAACUUCUUCGGUUGUUUCGUUAUAUUCUCCUAAUUCAACUAUAUCUGAGACCCUCUCUCCCAUCACGCCAAUAUCAGCUGGUAAUUCCAUGCCCUCGUUAGUUGAAGCUGAACUAGCCCCGAAGAAUGCUAUUCCAGUCAUGCGCGUCAUCAGCUCAUCCAAUCUCUCCUCCGUUUCAUCGUAUACUACUGAUACCCAAACCUCGGUUGUCACGGUCCCAACUGCCAUUACCAGCAGCAGCAGUUCACCAAUUUUGCCUUUCAAGAUAACGCAAAAGGAAUCCGACCCUACUCCGUUGGUCGACCCCGUCACCGGCCACUUGACUCCCAUGACUAUGGUGAAGGAAGGACAGUACAUUCCUGUUAGUGGUGAUGUAGUUUCUUCCUCUCCAUCUACCACUCCCUUAACUUACAUAUCACAUGCUCGAACCCCCAAGACAGAACAAACGACUGUGACGUCCACAUUGCCUGUCGCUUCGUUCAAUCCCACUGUUAUCUCUAGCGCUCAAGUCAGUUCUACAAACACGCAAUUCAAUCCAGCUACUAAAGCUCUAACCGGAGUUUCUGCACAGAUUUCUCAAAUUGUACCAUCAGCAACUUCCCAACCCAGUAAUCUCGUUCGUCAAAGCGGACAACCAAGCUCGUCUGUUAUUUUACCAUCGCAUGCCAUUGCCAAGACUGCUGCCAUGAUGGGAAAUGCUCACCAGCUUCCCACAAAACCUGCUAUCUUCAUCAGUACUUCUACCGCAAAGCUUCCUCCCGGCGCAGCACAAAGCGCAGCCGCACUCGUCGUCAACUCAGCGUCGAGGCCAGGACUCGUGGUGACGCAAACCUCACGUCCUCAGUCCAUUGUGGUUACACAGCCCCAAGUUACUCCACCGCCUAUCAUAGUUAGUCAAAUAAACAGACCUGGUUUAGUUGUGAGUCACACAACUCGACCUGUUGGUGCGAUCAUGACCAGUCAUUCCGCUCUCAUGACACGGCCAGGACUUGUUGUCACUCAGGCUCCAAGACCAAACUUGAUACUUCGAACAGCUGAUCCGGCGAGCUCUGUUGCUGCUGUUGUCGCCUCACAUCCCCAGCAAUUCAUUCCUAGUGGAGUGAGUCUUGUCCGAGCUCCCAGUGGAAUAUUGCCCAACAGACCCGAGUUGGUAAUCAGCCCGAGUGUCAAGCAAAGCCCCGUUCCGCGCAAUGCUCUUUCUACUGCGUCUCAAGCGACAAUCUUCCAGUUAACGUCGGUAAGCCAUAAUUCAAAAGUUGUGCCGUGUACCUCUUUGAAGCAGCCCAGUCAAGCUUAUGUUACUGGCGCUCUGCAUCGUAUGGGUGUUUCUAACCCAACACCAGUGAACCUUAAUCCCAGCAUCACUGUGACGAGUGUGGCCUCUCGCCAAGCCACCCAGACUCCGAGUGGUGGGGUAACUGCUUUCCGUACCGCUUUGCCACAUGGUGUUUGUCGUGGUGAAGUUAGCGUUGAAGUGGUACGACAGCCUCACCAGAUGCACUUGCAGACCAACCCUGGUGCUCCUCGUACGGUUGAGGCUAGCGCCUUGGGUGGUUCAGGGGCAAACGUUUCCAUGAGCAAAGUGAGUGUGGGAGCCGUUAGUCCAGGAAUGACCACGAACGUGACGGCCAUGAGACGUACAGCGUAUCAAGCCGCUGUGCCUCUGCAUUUGCAGGCCGGAAGUAGGCCUCACCCACUGUCUCCACAACCUCAUGUAACUAUGAAUACUGUUCCUCAUCAACCAUCACCUCAGCCUGCUCAUUUACAUCCAUCCCCUCAAGCUUCUCCUCACUUGCUUCAUCAACCUUCGCCCCAGGCCUCUCCUCAACCAGUGAUGCUUCAUCAAACUGGUGCCUCUCAGCAGCCGCAACAAUUACUCUCCAUAGGAGGACAGCUUCACCAAAUUGUUACUACGAGCGUUGGUCCAGCUUCAGUACUGGUACAUGCUUCUAGUCAUCAAGGGUUGAAUGUGGCACCGGUUACGAAUGUGAUGGUCAGCGGCAGCCGUGGCGAGCUUGAGCCCACUACAAGAACUGUGCAGAGCUCAAAUUCUGGACCACAGCCACAGUUAUUGUCCACUAGUCAACCACCACCAGCGCAUAUCGGCAAGAAUCGACCAGCUGUCGAAAAUGACCCGUCUCUGCAGCCCUUCGACAUGUCGAUGGCGCCGCUCAUGUACCCUGGCGGCUACUUCGUACAGGAUCCUCAUCGUCCUAUCUACAGUCGUCCUGGAGAUGGUGCAGCGCUGGACUUGAAGGCGGAAGGUGUUGGUGUUUCAGAAAACAGCCAUGAGCAGUUGCCUGUAGCAAGCCCAGCAUUAGGAGCGCCGUCCCGUGUAGUGCUGACGCCGCACAGUGCCUCGCCACGGCUACUGCCUCACCAACUAGAGAGAACUACCGAGUCUCCUAAGUCAAUGGUGUUCGUCGGCCAGCAGUACUAUGACAUUUAUCCUGGCCAUGCCGUCCCUGCUGGAGACUCUCCUCGCCCUGCCCCUAUGGAGAGGCUCACUUCUACGCCUAUAGGAGGUGAACUGCUGCGUUCAACUGCUUCUCCUUACCCACCUUUUGCUGGCGGCGGAGAACAAAGAGUCGCUGCACCUCAUUUCGCCAGACCUGGUGGAGGGUUGCAUCAUGACCCUACUCCAGUUAUCACUUACAACCAUCCGCUCGAGAAGUACCCAAUUUUCUGGGAAGGAGUUCUCGGCCUGAAAAACGACCAAGCCAAAGUUCAAAUGCUGUUCGUGUCGGGCUCGACAGAAGUGGCUAGUGGAGCAUUGCCUAACCACUCGCAGGAAACCACUGCUCUUCGCAUAUCACAACGGAUGAGGCUCGAACAGCUUCAACUUGACGGCGUCGCACGCAAGAUGCAGCAAAAGGGCGAGCACGCAGUGCUGGUCGCUCUGCCAUUUGGUCACAACGAGUUUGAUAGUCAUCAGCAGCAACGGACGUUGAACAACGGCUUCAUCAGCUACCUUGGCAACAAACAGGCGGCAGGCAUCGUCAAUGUUACUGCGCCUGGAUCACAGUCGCCUACGUUCGUGAUCCACAUCUUCCCACCAUGCGAGUUCUCCAAGUCAACGCUUGAAUGUUGUGCUCCAGACGCGUUCCAAGCCGUUGCCGAAGUUUCUCAUCUCCUCAUCGUCAUUGCAACUUGUUGAAGAGCCAUAUGCCAUUUCAUCUACUCUUUUAAAAAGUACUCUUCCACCUUUUUGCGAACUUAGAUUCUGUUGGCUCGUUCAAAUAGUGAUGAAAUGUUCAAAUAUUUCGAGUAUCAGGGCGAAAACGUUAGUUGGAAGCACGGUAAAUUGUUUUCAUCUCUGUCAUUUACCUUGAUUCCCGAUGUAAUUGCCUUCGUUUUUUUUUCGCUAUUAUAGGGUGACGCGCUAAAGUUUCUUUGUUUCUUAAAAACUUCACAAUUUUCUGUUGGUUAAAUUACAAAUUAAUCUUUAUUGAAAGUGCUCUGUUUAUAUUUUUUUAAAUCGUAGUUUUUGUUGGAAGCCGAAGGACAUUGAUAUGAUAUGAAGUAAUCCAUGAAAAAUACCGUUCGUUUCUAAUUCAAUUCUCUCGUCAUCCAGAAAUUUUAUGUUAGAGGCCGCAGAGAGCUUUUUGCGAUCCACACUUCCAUUUUACGUUUUCGCUUACUAUGAAAUUUUAGUAAAGUUUAGUAGCAAUCACCUGAUGUACUGAUGCAUGCUGUUUGAUGAGAAAAAAAAUUAUCGUGAUCAUAGUUGAAUUUUACGAGUACGCUUGCAUGUUUACGGAGAACGACUCCUCUAAUGCAUCAUGAUCUCAAAACUGCCGAUGCUCAAGUAGAAUUUGAUGUAUCAAGCAAUACCAUUUGCAUGCAAUUACUCAAUGUGGAAUAAAACUUACUGAGAUCAUAGGAGAGAUAUUUGUAAAUAGUGUCAAUAUAAUCGGAAAACUCAACUCGCCCGACAGACCAUCAAGUGGCGCAAAUAAUUGUGUGGUUUGAGACAAUUUGUGUCCUGCUUCUUGGCAGCAUUGAUUCUGCUUCGCAAGAAAAUAACUGCAGUAGACUUGGAGCACCUUUGCUCUCGUAAAGGUGCGUUGAAAACAUGCUGAAAGAGACGCUGUAGCUAAAUUCAAUUCUAUCUGUAAUCUGGAUGUUCCUCAUCACUGACAGAUAAUUUAAUUCACUGCAGUUUUUUUCUUGCACUUCCUUAAGAAAGCCUUGGCUCGUGCCGCCUUCUCUCAACCCUCCCGACGUGAUGCCUCGCCUCGUGUAUAAUUCUUGUGUAGAGAUGGCUAUCUUCUGACUGUCAUCUGCACUGAUUACAGUUUCGCUGUAAUGAGACUGCGUCGAUUUUUUUUACCUACAUUUCGUUGUUGAUCAGUCAACAAAUUCAUGUAGUCCAUAUGUGGACAGCUCUUCUUUCUAAGUGCAGACAUUUUCGUUCAAUUGUCAAAAAUUUCAUUGGACGGACUGGUCCACGAUUCCAUGUAUCUUCCCACUGUGGCCAGAAUACUUGUUCGUUAUUAAUUAAUUAAUUGAUAACACAUAUACCUAUACUUGGUGUUUCCUAAUUUAAAAUUUCUUUGGAUUUACAAAGGUUUAUUACGGGUUGAUUCAGUCAUGUCACGAAUGUCUGCCAAAUCGGUGUCCAUUAGUGGAUUAAUAGUUGACGAUACAAGUCAACAUGCAUGACACAUGAGUGCUCGUAGACUGACAGCUGCUGAGAAGUGGAUGCUAUCAGGAAUUUCACCCGAUGAUUAAUGUAGUAUUUCCGUCGUGAUGAUGUAUCUGAUCUCUCUAAUAUUAGUGACUUGCUUAAGAACACCUCUUGCUGAGCUUUUUAUGACUACUUUCUUCGCUGUUAUCUUUGCACGUGCGAUAAUAUUUGAUUUUCUAUGAUUUUCUUCCAUCGAGGUUAAUGGAGACUGCCUAGAAAUUAUCCGUUGCCUUUAAUUUAGUUACAGUGUCUGACGUGAAUUUAUAUCUUUAGUCACAUAACUCUUUGGUUGAAAUACUCGAGCCAAAGAGGGAAUAGCUGUAGAACUUCUAGAUUAAUUAAGUACGGACGAUGAUUGUUGUUGUCUAGCUCUGUACAAAUUAGGUUGCGAAGAAUUACCUAGCAGCAAAUUAGGCUUGUCAAUAUUGUGUACAUAUUGUAUGUAAUGAUGUUCAGCGUCUGGAAUUAUAUAUUCGCAAUUGUAAUGAGUGUUACAUGUGUUGAGAGUUUUUGUAUAUUUGGCACUCUCUGCACUCACAAACUAGCGGUAUAAUUUGUACUAGUAUGAUGUAGUUGCUAUUCUUCUGUUGAAAUGAUUCAUAAGUGGUGUAAAUCUGUAGUAGGACUCUGUUGUGUUUUCGCCUAACGUCACACGGUCUAUGCUAGUAGUAUGUCGCAUAUAUUAUAUAUUUAAGCGUAUAGGUAGGCAUCUUUUGCUCAAACUAGUGUGAAGUGUAGAGUUGAAGCUCUAUUGCAACCUGCAGAAUGUUUUGAGCCUUCUGCUCGUGAUGUUUCAGGAGACAUGCAGUGAGUUUUUCAUGUUGGUAGGUGAGUCGGGCUGAGUGGCCCCAAGGGGAGUUGAGAAAUAGAAAACCCUGGCUGUGAUCUUGACUUCACUGGAUAACUUUCGUGGCCCACCAUCAUAAUAACUUAGAUUUAAGCAGUAAUGCUUAAUGAAAUUCCAGUGACCAAUUUAAGUUAUUGCAGGGGAAUAAUAAAUAUAAUAACAAAA